CAGUAAAGCUUAAAGUGUUUGCUGUACGGAAGGUUUCUCUGUACCCACCGCAUCAGUUGCUUAUUUAGCAGUGCCUGAUGUUUAUAAGAGUGCCCUGUGGAAGUCUGCAUAUUCAUUAAUGAGCUAACAGUAGGUUGGCUCUGUGUAGAAAGGAGGAGAACUAUGAAGAACACCCACCCAUCCCUGGUUUGUUUGGGUUUUUUUUCCUUAAACAUAGUGUUUCCAGGGCCUUUGCUUUCUCUUGCCACAUUGGCAAAGCUUCCCAAGCUCUAUUCCCCCAUAGUCACGAAAAGUCUUCAGUAAUUGCUGGGAUGGUGAGUUUUGGGCUUCUAGCCCUCCAUUCCUUCAGUCGUGAAUUCCACUCAGUUAAAGACUCACGAGAAUUGCUUAAAGCUUGCAUUUGGCGGUCAUGCCUCAAACAGUGAAUUUGUGGAAAUCCAUUUAUUUAUUUAUACUAAUCAAGAAACAACUGUAAUACUGCAUCAAAAUGAAACUUAGUGGCUGCUGAAUCACUGAGUAAUAGCAUAGAAUCGCUGCUUAAGCCUUUACCACAAUCAUUGCAAUGUUUGUUUGUAGGCUGCUUGGUUCUUUCGUAAAGUUGUGUGGCUGCGUGUGGUGCAUUAUUCCCAAGGUGCUCCUUACUGCUCUGAUGCUCUGCAUGUUCGUGGUGCUGGGUAAAGCGGAAGGCUCUGUGGCUGGGGAAGAGUGGCAUGGACAUGUUACUGCUCUCUCUGCACCAGAAUUUCGACAGCUGGGUUUGGCUGCUAAAUUGAUGGAACUACUGGAAGAAAUUUCAGAAAAAAAGGGUGGAUUUUUUGUCGAUCUCUUUGCAAGAGUAUCAAGUCAGGCUGCAGUAAAUACGUAUAAGCAGCUCGGCUACCAUGUGUACCGGACAGUAUUGGAGUACUCCUCUGCUAGCAGUGGACAGCAGAUGCUUACGGUAAGUGAUAUGAGGAAAGCUCUUUCCAGAAAUACAGAGAAGAAAUCUAUUAUACCUCUGCCUCAUCCUGUGAGACCAGAAGACACUGAGUAA